UCAGCUUUCAUUUCUUUCACUUUCACAAUCACAAGCCAAAAAGCUUAAACCCUAAACCCCGAAAUCCAAAAUCUUCUUCUUUUUCUUCAUUUGAUCUUUGUAUUAUGCAAAAAUGUUCUCUCCUGGUACGAAGAGACGCAAUUUAAGCUCUCGGACUGACCGAAGUUCGGCGACAGCCGUGUCCGAUUCUCCGAUUACACCGCUCUCCGCCGCCCGGAAGCCAGUUCUCGAUAAUCUCGUUCCCAACCGCCCCGGCACCGGCACUCCGGCUCCGUGGGCUCCUCGCUUGUCCGUACUUGCCAGAAUUUCACCAGCUAAUAGAAGUUCUAAGGAAGAUGAGACAGAUCCAGUCAGGCCUGUCUAUGUUGGAGAGUUCCCCCAAGUGGUUCGUGAUGAGCAGGCCAGUCUGGUACAGCAGUUUGCCACAAGUGGUGCAAGCAUGUCGGGUGGAAUGGAUGCUGAAACAUCCCUUGCUUGGAUUAUAUGCCGAGACAAACUCUUUCUUUGGACAUAUUUGUUACCUGUGGCCACCAUGAAGUGUGUCGUUCGUGAACUUCCGAAAAGAAUUUUAGAAAGCAAAGAUAUUGGUAGAAAUGACAGCGAUCAUUGGUUGCUCAGUAUUGUUAGUUGGGAUAACCAAAAUCAAAGUUCAAGAAAGUCAGCUAAACAUCAAAGUUCUGUUGGCAUUAUAAUUUGUAAUAAGAAAACAGGAGCUGUUGUGUAUUGGCCUGAUAUCUUCUCGGAUGGAGGAACUACUCCAGUUACCUGUCUGACAUCUUCUAAUGAGCCAGCUGUGAUUUCUUCAAUUUUUGAUGGGAAGAGCACUUCUCAUAGGCAUCGAAGUUUGAAUAAACCAAGGACAUUCAACUCUUUGAUUGCCUCUGCAGUCCCCGAGUCCCAGUACGUUUGUGUUGCCAUUGCAUGUAGUUCAAAUGGCCAGCUUUGGCAGUACCGCUGCAGUCCUAUGGGAAUUCAAUGUACUGAAGUACCUCAGGAUAUAUGUAGUAUUCGCAGUCAAGAGGAUGGUAGCAAUCAACAUUUUGCGAGUGAUGGGUAUCCUAGGUCUCUAACUUGGUCUCGUUCUCAUCUUCAACCAGAUAAAUUUAACAGAAAGUUUUUGCUUCUGACAGAUCACGAGAUACAGUGUUUUAGUCUUAAACUUUUUCCUGACGUACAAGUGUCCAAGAUCUGGUCUUAUGAAAUUGUCGGUACAGAUAGUGAUUUGGGUAUUAAAAAAGACCUAGCUGGUCAGAAAAGGAUCUGGCCACUUGAUUUGCAGGAAGAUGAACGAGGUGCAGUUAUCACCAUUUUAGUUGCUACAUUCUGUAAGGAUCGCAUUAGUAGUUCAAGUUAUAUACAAUAUUCCCUUCUUACCUUGCAAUACAAAUCUGGGGCAGGAAUAGAGGCUAGUGGUGACAAGAGGAUAUUGGAGAAAAAGGCUCCAAUCCAAGUAAUAAUUCCAAAAGCAAGAGUAGAAAAUGAAGAUUUUUUGUUCUCCAUGAGACUUAGGGUUGGGGGAAAGCCUUCGGGAUCUGCCCUCAUUCUUUCAGGUGAUGGAACGGCAACUGUCUCCCAUUACUAUAGAAGCUCCACUCUACUAUAUCAAUUUGACUUACCUUAUGACGCUGGUAAAGUAUUAGAUGCUUCAGUUCUUCCAUCUACGGAGCAUGGUGAAGGAGCAUGGGUUGUUCUAACUGAGAAAGCAGGAAUAUGGGCAAUACCCGUUAAAGCUAUUGUCCUUGGUGGAGUUGAACCUCCUGAACGAAGUUUGUCACGUAGGGGGAGUUCAAAUGAACGAUCUGUGCAAGAUGACACAAGAAACCUCAAUUUGUCUGGCAACAUUGCUAGUACAAGGGGCAGUUUUGAGGUGCAGGAUGUCGUGGACAAGAAAAAGACUACUGUGGCUGGGAUUGGACAUCGAGUGGCUCGAGAUGAAGAAGCAGAAGCUUUGCUGCGUCAGCUUUUCCAUGAUUUCCUGUCAUCUGGUCAAGUAAAUAACUCUUUUGAGAAGCUAAAGAAUUCUGGUGCAUUUGAUAGGGAGGAUGAAACAAAUGUUUUUACACGGAUGAGCAAGUCAAUUAUUGAUACUUUGGCCAAACAUUGGACUACAACGAGAGGUGCUGAGAUUGUGUCGAUGACCGUUGUUUCUACUCAGCUGAUGGACAAGCAGCAGAAGCACGAAAAGUUUCUCCAGUUUCUUGCUUUGUCAAAGUGCCACGAAGAGUUGUGUUCUAGACAAAGAAAUUCUUUGCAAAUUAUCCUGGAGCAUGGAGAAAAGCUUGCUGCUAUGAUUCAGUUAAGGGAACUGCAGAACACAAUUUGCCAAAACCGUUCGACUGGACUUGGUUCCUCAAGUUCUAAUUCAGAAACUCAGAUGUCAGGCGGUCUAUGGGAUCUUAUUCAAUUUGUUGGUGAGCGAGCUCGGCGAAACACUGUUCUUCUAAUGGAUAGAGAUAAUCCUGAAGUGUUUUACAGUAAAGUUUCUGAGCUAGAAGAAGUAUUUUAUUGCUUAGAAAGGCAGCUAGAUUAUGUGGUAAGUGCAGAUGAUUCAUGUGUGGUCCAAAACCAGAGGGCUUGUGAACUCUCAGAAGCAUGUGUUACUAUCAUGCGUGCAGCUGUGCAUUACAGAAAUGAGCAUCAGUUAUGGUAUCCACCAUCUGAAGGCUUAACACCUUGGUAUAGUCAACCGGUUGUACGGAAUGGGCUAUGGCACAUUGCUUCUCUCAUGCUUCAGCUUUUAAAUGAAGUUUCUGAGCUUGAUACAUCUGCAAAAUCUGAUUUAUAUUGCUGCCUGGAACUAUUGACUGAAGUUCUUCUUGAGGCACAUGCUGGUGCUGUCACUGCAAAGGCAGAGCGAGGAGAAAAAACUGAAAGUCUUUUACAUGAAUUUUGGAGUAGAAGGGAUGCACUCCUCAGCUCUCUUUAUAAAAGAGUAAAAGAUUCUGUGGAAGCGGAGCUUAAGGAUUUUAGGGGAGGUUUGGUGGAGAAAAAUGUAGAAAUCCUCAGAAAGAAUUCGUCACGUCUGUUAUCUGUUGCAAAACAGCAUGAAUGCUACAGCAUUUUAUGGAAUAUCUGCUGUGACCUUAAUGAUCCAGAGCUACUCAGGAAACUUAUGCAUGAGAGCAUGGGGCCUAAAGGAGGGUUUAGCUACUUUGUUUUUAAAAGACUUUAUGAAAAUAAACAGUUCUCCAAGCUUUUAAGACUCGGAGAGGAGUUCCAUGAAGAACUGUUGAUAUUUUUGAAGGAGCAUCCGGAUCUUCUGUGGCUUCAUGAGCUUUUCCUUCAUCAAUUUUUCUCAGCUUCAGACACUCUCCAUGAAUCAGCUCUGUCUGGAGAUGACAGGCUUGUUUCGCCCCCUGAAGUUGAGGGAGAAUUUGAAUCUGACCAUUGUAAUUUUGAAUUAAGAUUGGCAGACAGAAAACGCCUUUUAUACCUCUCGAAGAUAGCUUUAAUGGCAGCAGCAGCAGGUCAAAAUGCUGAGUACGAGAGUAAGUUGAUGCGUAUUGAGGCUGAUGCAAAGAUACUUAAAUUACAGGAAGAAAUUUUAGAUCUCUAUCAUGCCGUUGAAACAGAGCAGCAGCUCGACUGCAAGCUCCUCCACCCCGACGGCCUUAUUCAACUAUGUCUCAAAGGUGAAAACCCAGCACUCUCAUUGAUAGCCUUUGACAUAUUUGCCUGGACCAGCACCUCAUUCCGAGAAACCCACCGAAAGCUUUUGGAGGAAUGCUGGAAAAACGCUGCGGAUCAAGAUGACUGGAAUCGACUAUAUCAAGUAUCAGUAGCAGAAGGAUGGAGCGACGAGGAGACACUAAAAAAGCUGAGAGAAACAACUCUGUUCAAGGCUUCAAGCAGGUGUUAUGGACAUGGAGCAACAGAAGUAUUUGGAGAUGGAUUUGAUGUGGCAUUACCCCUAAGACAAGAAAAUGAAAUUGCUGAAAGUUCCUCAUUGAAGAACUGUGCAGGUUCUGUAGAGGCAAUUCUGAUGCAACACAAGCAUUUUCCUGAAGCAGGGAAGUUAAUGGUGACUGCCAUUAUGUUGGGACUGGAUUUGGAAGAUGAUCCUAUUUUAAUGGAAUAAAUCACUCUACAAACACUAUCCAAUUUUUUACUCUAACUUUCUUGAAUUCUGCAUCCUCCAAAUUCUGUAUAUUUUUUUAGGUUUGAUUGAGAUUUUUCGAAAAUGACGUGUCACUAUGUCGGAAUUGUAUCAGUGUCUUUCUUGUGUUUGCAUU